CUCCCCUAUAUACAUUGUCCACACAAACCUUAAAAGACCCCUGACCUUUUAACCUUUACACUUUCUCUUCUCCUCAAACAAAAACCACGUUAUCCUAUAGCCUCACGUUGUACGGUGCUAUAACAACAAUGGCGGGGGACGCGUGGCGCCGCCGUAACGACACUGUCACAACAACCCUCUCCCUUGCAGCUCCUUCCACACCAGCGGCGGAGAACGAACCUCAACGCCAUUUCAGAGGCGUGAGGAAGAGGCCGUGGGGUCGAUUUGCUGCUGAGAUUCGGGAUCCAUGGAAGAAGACGCGUCGUUGGCUUGGAACUUUUGACACGGCCGAGGAAGCGGCACUUGCUUAUGACGAGGCAGCUCGGUCUCUCCGUGGACCAAAGGCAAGGACGAACUUCUUCCACCGCGACCAUCUUGCUCCUCUGCCGUUUUUGCAAACAACGGUGGUUGGUGCCGGUGGUUUAAAGAUAUGGUGCUCGCCGGUUUUUCUUUCUGAUGGGGUGUCAAGAGUGGCUGCGCCAACGGCGGUGGCUCCGGUGAGGUCAGAGUAUCAGGGGUACAAGAUCGAGAGUGUGAAUGAAAACGUGGGUUUGGUUUUAAAUGAAGAGAAGCAAAGGCCGCUGUUGUUUGACUUGAACUUGCCGGCACCACUCUUUUGAGUGGCUUGAGAUGGUGAUUUGUGGCUGUUGUUGGGCGAAGGAAGUUGUUGACUGACUGGUCAUGUUUAGUUUGCAGAAUCCUUGUUAUGCUAUGCGUCCAGUCAUGUACAGUUUUGGGUUAUUAGUCUGUGUUAACGUGGCGUUGAUGACGGUGGUCUAUGUACAAGUUUUUUUUUUUUUUUUCCUGGUUGAAAUUUAUGUACAAGUUGAGGGGACUGUUUUCAAUGUUAUCAUCAUUAUUUGGCUAAAACUAGCAUGUCAGCUGAGGCAUGUUUGCCGGAUUCUGAAAUCUUCUGGUGAUGAAUU